GCGGGCACAGGACCGUGCCCGGCCGUGCGGAGCGCGCAGGCGCCUCGGGGCGGGCUCGGCGCGGUUGCCGGAAGAGCCGCCCCGGCUAUGCCGAGCCUCACCGGGUUCCUGCGGGGGCGGGCGGCGCUGGUGCGGAGCGGCCGGGCCAUGCCGGGGAAGGGAAAAGCAGCCGCCAAGGGCCCCGCGGAGCCGGGCGCCGCCGCGGGACCGGUGGUGGCGGCGGGCGGCGGCUCCGUGAGGGUGGCGGUGCGCGCCAAGCCCGGCGCCCGCUGCAGCGCCGUCACAGAUGUGACAGCUGAGGCAGUAGGAGUAGCUAUUGCUGCACCUCCAUCAGAAGGGGAGGCAAAUGCAGAGCUGUGUCGCUACCUCUCUAAGGUGCUCGAAGUGAAGAAGAGUGAUGUUAUCUUAGAGAAGGGGGGUAAAUCACGUGACAAAGUGGUGAAGAUUUUGGUAUCAGCGACACCAGAUGAGAUUUUAAAAAAACUGAAAGAAGAGGCUUCCAGUUGACCUAAAACAAGAGCAAGAAAUAGGAAAAAGAAUCUUGGUAUAUGGACUGGUAUUCUAUCUUACUAAAUGUAGUGCUGUUGAGAAUGUGGGUAAUGACUACAGGAAGACACUUCUUCCCCUCCCCUCUAAGUGAAGCAAACGUUGGUUAACAAAGUGAGAGGCUUGGAGUGACGCCUUCCAUGUGGGAAGGGGUACCAAAGGAGAAAUCUGGAUGGCAGAGACAUAAAGGAGACUGAUCUCUCUGGUAUCUCGCAGCAGGUUCUGUGUGCAGCUUUUCACUGUGGGCACUUACAGAGAUCUAAAAUAAAUGUCUUUGAAGCCAGUGUGCUGUUGUUGAUCACACAGACAAGCUGAAAGUAGAAUCACCUGAACAACUGAAAGAAAACCAGAAGUUUUCAGUAUGAAAAACCAGUGCAGAACCUGGUCAUUGCACACGUGGGGUCACUUUGUAAUAGUCGGUAAAUAGUUUCCUUAAAAGUAGAGAUAUGUUCAUAUAUAUCUUUGAAAAUUGUAUGUCACCUGUAACGACUGUUUUUAAUAAAAGAGACAAAAAG